AAAAGGGAAAGAAAAAGAAAUACACAUCGCAAGAAAUAGGGUAAGUGGCCAAAAAAUUGCAGAUAAUAUUACUAAUUUUUUUACUUGGAAAGAAGCAAAAGAUACUAAAGAAUGUUAAAAAGCUAAAACAAAUAAAAUUACAUACAGAGGAAUCAAUUUAUGAGGCAAUAUUGUAGCUUGCUAUGGACUAUGGUUGCUGUUCCCAAUGUAUUUAUGCGGUUAUACAUACACAUCACUAUAUGCCGUUGGAGCUAGCAUAUAUGGGAUAAAAUAAAGCGAAAUAUGUAUAUUUUAAACCAUUCAUAUCCUCAUCAUUUCAGUUGCAUUAGCCUUCGACCAGCAUGGAUGGCGAAUUGAUUAAAAAGGCCUUGUGCUUCCAUGGGAAGCCAAUGCAAAAGAUAUGGGACGAUGAGAGAGGCGUUGGCGAUUUGCAAGUUGCCGGUGUACCAGAAGAUGGCAACUAUAGCAUUUACAUGGAAAGGCAAAAAUUUUUCACUUUUCAGGAUAGAGCCAAGCGUCUGAAAUUGCAUCAGUUUUUGGCACGCAAAGCCAGUGAUCUUUAUGAUAAGGAGCUAAGUGCUAUGCCUGCCAAGCCGCUCAAUCUCGACCAGUUUAGCGAAGAUAAAAAUGCCUCCAUUGUGGCCGAAAUUCCCCCCUAUGAGACAUUUCUCACCAAACACCAGGAAAAGGUAGUAAGGCGCAUCUUGGAAUCCAUAAAGCCAGGAGAUAUCAUAUACGCCUGUGUGCUAAGAGGCAAAAGUAAUUGCCUAACACCACUAGUCAGGCCACUAUGCACCGAUGGAAAAAAUUGCAAACUUCUGCAAAAUUUUAAAAUCAAGGCUACUAUACCGGAACAUUUAGUUGGUCCGCCCAUAGUGGAGAAAAAUGGUGUAACCACAUAUAUUGUGGCCAAUGACUUUGUACGCUGUGAGGUUGUUGAUUUAUCCAUUGAUGCUGAUCGCAUGACCCUAAGUUUGGAGGCUAAGGCUGAGAAAAAUAAAAACAGAAAACUGGGUAAAAUAACACCUGAAGAAUUGCCAGCGUUAUAUGGUAAAAUGACUGCAAAUCCUUCAAAGCCCUUUGAGCAACAUUUACACGAGGCCAAAGAAUUGGAAAAUCCCAACUAUGACAUAUUAUAUGCCUCUGUGGGUCUUGAUGUUAAUGAUAAUUUCACACUUAUGCAUAAUUUGAAAAGUGGUUUUGCCCACAAGGAAUAUGCAAAAGAGUUGAGACAAGUACAAGCAAGUAAAUGGGCUUUUAGGUCUGUGGCCGAGGGCAUAGAAUACUUUAAGGUGGGUCAACACGUUGAGGCGUUCCAAUGUUUGAAUAAGGCUUUAAAUAUAGACCCCCGCAAUGUUGAGGGUCUGGUGGCUCGUGGAGCCUUGUAUGCCAAUAAAGGUUCUUUCCUUAAGGCUGUGGAGGAUUUUGAAAAAGCCCUCAAGUUAAACUCCUUACAUGUAAAUGCUCGCAAGUACAUGGGUGAAACUUUGGUAGCUUUAGGUCGUAGUUAUGAGGAGGACAAUCGCAUACAGGAAGCCGCCAAGGCAUAUCGUGAUUGUUUAAACAUUAUACCCAAUCAUGACCAGGCUGGCAUGCUUUUGGAGGCCAUACAACAUAGAACGGGAGCAUCUGUGGACGCCCUACAGAAUCCUAUGAUACCAGGGCAUAUGGAUUCCCUAGGAGUGUGUAUGAAAAAAAUCCUCAGUAAGAUGCAGAGAAGAAAAGUGCAGCAAAGAAAUAAUAGUUUAACAUUUCAGAUAAAAAUUCCUCGGCCAGCAAUGGCUCCCAUUCGGAAGAUUCAUCUUCGGAUUCUGAUUCGGAUUCGGAUGGUAAGAAUGAGUUUACAUAUCACAUUUAAAUUUUCAUACCUUGUCAUUUUACUUGUAUUGCUACCUAGAAGAAGUAACUGGUGGUAAUAGCCAGAAAAAGGAAGCCUCAUUAUCACCACUGAGCAAGAAAUUGGCUUUACAUGCUCAGGAAUUAGAGGCUAACACCCAGCACUUCCAUCGCC